AUGAUCGAGCGAGCAAAGAUGAAGGCGGAAGUCGAUGCGUAUAACGCCGAGAAUCAAAGAAUGCAAAUGGUUAAUGCAAUGGACAAAAAUUUACCACCAAAAGAUCUACUCUACGUCAAGUUGAAGAAGGUUCCUUGCUCGCCUCAAUGUUUAGCGGAAGGUAGGAAGAUGCUUAAUACAAACAAUAAGCACAUGAUGCAGCAGGACAUCUCUAACUGCAAGACUGAGGACGGUGAAGACAUUGUGCAAACUGCUGUUUCAUGUGAUGGAAAAUGGCUAGGGAUUUGCCUCGUUGCAGAUGCGUAACCGUUAUUUCCAUGGAAAAUAAAAAAUUUUGGACGUAGAACGCUUGAGCAAGGUCUGCAAAGCAUGCAAGAAGCAUGCAUCAUUUCAACAUUGGUGCCAAAGCCACUAUUGAAGUCUACAAAGCCCUUGGGAUAAAUCCAGGAGCUUUUUGUGCUGCUGGAGUAAGUGGAGCCGAUCGACUUCGUGUUACGAAAUGUAACUACAAGGCGGAGAAGAAGAAUAAAUGCAAGGAGUUACGAAUCGGAUUCUGGAAACCAAGAGCAAUGUUCGACCCUAUUAUAGUAAAUGGAGAAAUGUUGGAAGUGGUCGACAGUGCUAAAAUCCUUGGUCUGAGUGUUUCUAUCAAUUUGAAAUGGAACAAUCACAUUGACCAAAUUAUAUUGAAGGCCCCAAAGCGUCUCUAUUUUCUCUCCCAACUUAAGAGAGCGAGAGUUGGCACGAAAGAACUUGUUCUAUUCUUUACAACGUGCAUAGGACCAAUCCUAGAAUACGCAAGUCCUGUAUCCCAUAAUGGUUUGACAAAUUACCUCAGUCAGGAUUUGGAGCGGAUCCAAAAGAGAGCAUUGUGAAUUAUCUUACAUCAACUGGCCUCCAACGACUCAGCCAUCGAAGAGACGGUUUUUCAGACAAACUAUUUAAAGAAAUAGUGACUGAUGAUAGCCAUAAGCUUUAUAAUCUUCAUCCACCACGUAAUGAAACUGUUAACAUGACUCUUAGAUCCAGUCAUAGGUUUAACGUUGCAUUUCUAACUAACCGUUUUAAAAAUAGUUUUAUUAUACAUAAUGCAUUAAAUUAUUCGUCAUAAAAUUAUUAGAAUAUUCUUAGAUCCUUUUAGAGAUAUUUAUUUGUAUAUAGUAUUUUAUUGUUUUCUUACUUGUAAAUAUAAGCGUAAUUCAACAUAUUGGCUGCAAUGUUUAUAUGAAAUAAACCAUCUAUCUAUCUAUCCGACGAAGUGCGGAGAAAGGUCAUCAGGGGGAGAAAUAAGAGGAAAGGUGACAAAAAUGAAGAAAGAGGGAAAACAUAUGCAGCAUGAGGUUCAUUUUAAGUACUCUUUGAUGUAAUUUAUCUGUUUAAAUGUAAUUUAUUUGUCUUCAGAAGUUAGGUUGCAACUUUGAACUCGAUUUUCUCAAAAUGACAUCUUACUGACAUCGAGACGCUCUCUCUCGUUCGAUAUUAGUCCAAAUUUGAUCAAAUUUUCGGAAUAUAAUUAUUGUAAAUAGAUCUCAAACCUAAACCUCAAAAACCUUAUUUUCAUUGUAAUAUAUCUACAAAUGUGUUAUUUUUUAGGUUUGCAUAUUUAAUACAUCUACUGGCUUUCCUUCAAAACUUAACUGUAUAUCUUGAUGACCAUCAUUACUGUUAUUACAUUAAUCCUGAAAAAGGUGUACUUUUUCAUUAGAAGGGUAUGGCUCGGUAACCAUGGAAACAGCACAUAUGAAGUUUGUAUACUUGGUAUCAGCAAGUGACGUUCUAUCAUAUGCAACCGAAACGAUGUUCAUAAUACUAAAAAUAAAAAAAUAAUCAUAUUGUCCCAGGAUCAUGAAAUUAACCUCGUACAUUUACAACGUGACAAAAUGAGCAGCGACGAUUUGCUAGCAAAAUUUGAUGAAAUAGUGAAGCGAUUUAGGUGCGCAUUUCACGAAAUUAUCGAGCGAGCAAAAAUGAAGGCGGAAGUCGAUGGGUAUAACGCCGAGAAGCAAAGAAUGUAA